CCGUGUCUGGCGCAAUUCAAGGUGUCGUAGCGUUUCUUUGAUCGCCGCGACCUUGGAAUUCUUUUCUUCAAGUACCCGGUCCUUCGGCGUGAUCUUCUUGGGAAUGCUUCAGAUUUCGUCACGGAAUGUUUAGGAAUAUAAAGCCUUCUCUUCCUCAGCCUGUGUGCGCUAUGGCUUGGGAGUCAUUGAACUUUGAUACUUCUUCAGGGGCGCUUCUGGCGUCUUCAUGGUUGAACAUGAUGUUGUACACGUCCCAGGUCGCUCUAAGUAUCUAUUGCUUGUGCCACUUGACGAUGACGAGGUGGCUACGCUACUGGAUCUUCACAUCUUUGGUCCUCGAUGGGGCUUGUUCUAUCGUAGAUGUGGCUAAUGUUUACGCCUAUCUGGUUAUGAAUAAUGUUGCAUCAUACCCUACAUUGUCAUGGACUGUCCCGACUGGAGCUUUGCUUACAUACACCUCUGCCUCGAUUGCGCAAGCCUUCUUCUGUUACCGAUAUUGGACACUUACCAGUAAUAAGUGGAUCACUGGAUGGAUCAUAUUUCUCAUCAUAGCCCAUAUGCUCUGCAAUCUGGUAUCAAACAUGUAUCUUCUCGUUCAUCCGGACGACCUCAUAUUAGUUAUACCGUUGGUGAUUACAAAUGCUGUGAUGUGUGCAGCAACGGACAUUACGAUUGCAGGGUCUCUGGCCUGGGCAUGUUUACACAUACAGUCAGCAUAUGCCCAUACAAAAAGCUUAUUGCGUCGUGUGAUGAUACAAGCCUUGACUUGCGGCUUCACGACGGCCAUGUCUACAGUCCUCGUGAUGGUUUUUCUUUUUACUGUCUGGAAUGCAUCCUUCACCAUCUUUGCCGCCCUCGGGCGCAUUUAUAGCCUGACGGUUCUGAUUACCCUUAUGCUGCUUAAGACUAUGAGUCGUAGCGAUCCAUCCUCUUUCAGAAUAGAUGGCGAUGGUGGUUUCGAGCCGGUAAUACUGACUCCAGUUUGCGAUGUACAGUUUGGGCACACGUUGGACACUGAGACAGGAAAGACGCAGACAUCAAGUGAUAAAAGUGAAAGCACUGCCGACUCGACGCAUCCGCACUUUGAGGCUCUGGCUAAAAAUUGUAUUCGGACUGUUUAAUUUGAUACCCUUUGGUUCGGAAAGAUAAUACCAAGCACUAACAUCCACAAGAAAAUCACGAAGUCCAUUCGUGCUGUAGUUUGUAUGUCAUCCUGUGAUGCGUCCAUGCCGUACCUCUCUCCAGCUGUCUAACGAUCAGCGCUGCUGUAGCAUUGAGCUAUGAUGUCGAAGCAGUGCCUGUGGUGGCUUUGGGAAUAUACUAGCGAUUAUACUUGGCAACGUACGAGUUGUACCUUAGCUUUGUACUGAAUCAUGUUGCCUGCCGCUUCGGACUCCGUGGGCUAAGCUGUGAUAUC